CGACGGCCCCUCGGGCUGAGGUAGAGUAUCACGGCGCUCUUCUGCUCUGUCGCAGUAGAUGCAGUGAGCUCCGACGCCGAGCGACGAUCGAGGUUUCGAGGGGUAGAAAAAUGGUUGCCGGCCGCGUCACCAAGGUGCACGCUCAUGACGUGCGCUUCCCGACAUCGCUUGGCUGUCAUGGUUCUGACGCGAUGCACACAGAUCCCGACUACUCCUGCGCCUACGUCGUGAUUAGCACCGACACUGAUUUCCAAGGCCAUGGCCUGACAUUCACGAUUGGACGGGGCACCGAAGUAGUGGUGGCCGCUGUCCGUGCCCUCGCCCCGCUCGUGGAAGACGUUUCGCUGGACUCCAUAUUCACGAACUUCGGGCAGUUCUGGCGCAAACUCACCAGCGACAGCCAGCUGCGAUGGAUCGGGCCAGAGAAGGGAGUCAUCCAUCUAGCCACUGCGGGAGUCAUCAACGCCCUCUGGGACUUGUGGGGAAAAAUUGAGGGCAAGCCAGUGUGGAAGCUACUCGCUGACAUGAGCCCACAGGAAAUAGUGUCCCUCAUUGAUUUCCGAUACAUUUCUGACCUGCUGACAAAAGAGGAGGCCAUUGGUAUACUUGAGGAAAAACAACAAGGGAAAGUUCAAAGAGAGAAAGAAUUGUUGGCAAGUGGCUAUCCAGCAUACACAACUGCCUGUGGCUGGCUUGGGUACACUGACGAAAAGAUUAAACAGCUCUGUCAAGACGCCCUUAAGGAGGGGUUCAAAAGCUUCAAGGUGAAAGUUGGUCGGAACCUCGCCGACGACAAGAGGCGGUUGCAAGUAGUCCGAUCGACAAUCGGCGAGAAAUGCGAGCUGAUGGUAGAUGCCAACCAGUAUUGGGAUGUCAAGGAAGCCAUUUACUGGAUGAAGGAGCUAUCCGGCUUUGGAAUUCACUGGAUCGAGGAGCCGACGUCACCAGACGACAUCCUCGGCCAUGCCACGAUCUCAAAGGCCCUGGCUCCCCUGGGCAUCGGAGUGGCUACGGGUGAGCAGUGCCACAACCGGGUGAUGUUCAAGCAGUUCCUGCAGUCCGGAGCCAUGCAGUUCUGCCAAAUCGACAGCUGCCGGCUGGGAGGUGUCAACGAGAUCCUCGCUGUCAUUCUGAUGGCAGCCAAGUGCAAGGUGCCAGUUUGCCCCCAUGCUGGUGGUGUGGGCCUCUGCGAACUAGUCCAACACUUGUCCUUCUGGGACUACAUUGCCGUCUCGGGCACGAAGGACAACCGAGAAAUCGAAUAUGUGAGUCACCUGCAUGAGCACUUCAAGAGCCCGGUUCUCAUCCAGAACGGAUGCUACAUGCCACCGCAGGUGCCGGGCUACGGUUGUGAGAUGUGGGAAUCAUCCAUUGAGCAGUACAGCUACCCGAAUGGAUCCUACUGGAGAAAUUUCCCGAGGAUACGCUGAAGGCGCGAGAACACUCCACAGGCAGCAAACAACACUCCAAAGGUCCAAAUUGAAUAAAAGUGUGUUGCUCAAGUGAGGAAGUUGAAAGGAA